CAUACCUCCCGAUAUCGCUUUGAGAUUCGAGAAGAACCCGGAUCGCUGAGCACACCCAUGACGACUACCGCAGUGCACGUGCCGGACCAGACGACAUACGAGGAAGCCCGAAAUGGCGCCGCCGCUUAUCUGCAGUCACGACUCUCGGCGAAGGACCGUAUUGCCGAUGAGAACUUCGAAAUACCUAUUAUCGAUCUGACUCCUUCAUUCUCUGCUUCUCUUGAGGACCGCCAAGCGGUUGCUGCGCAAAUUCAUCGAGCCUGCACCACCUCUGGGUUCUUCUACAUUACCAAUCAUCGCAUACCCGAAUCAGCUUGUGAUGGAAUUCUGCAUCAGGCUGAUCGGUUCAUGCAUGAACUGCCGCUGAGCAAGAAAGAGACUUUGCAUCUGAAGAACAACAAGUUUGGCUUGGGCUGGGAGCCGAGCGAGUAUACAUCCAUCGCCGGUGACAAGGAGGAGAAGGAAGUCUUCAACUUCGCUUACGAAGAGCGCUUGGACUUUUCUGGUGGCGAUGGCAAAUACAAGAAUCUUGAUGGGUCAACAGAGAAGAGUAACAUGUGGCCUGAUGAACAGGACCUGCCGGGAUUUUAUGAAAACGUCCGUAAAUACUAUGGUGCUGUCCUUGAUCUCGCCCGUCACUUGUUCCGCCUGUUUGCGCUCUCACUCGAUCUCCCUGAAGACUACUUCGACUCCAUGACGGCGCAUCCCGGAGGUAUCGCACGGCUUCUGUACUAUCCACCCCCCAAAACCCCUCUUACUAAUAAUCUUACGCCAACCGAGGAAGCGCAGAUCGGCCUAGGCGCUCACUCAGACUACGAGUGCUUCACCCUGCUGCUUACAUCGACUGUUCCCGGCCUCGAAAUUCUGAAGCCCUCCGGUCAAUGGUAUAUCGCUCCGCACAUCCCCGGCGCCCUCAUCGUGAAUGUUGCCGACUUCCUCAUGCGGUGGACGAAUGGGUUAUAUAAGAGCACGGUACAUCGCGUCGUGAACCGAACUGCAGAGGCAAGAUACAGUGUGCCAUUCUUCUUUUCGGUGAACUAUGACACGGUAAUUGAGACGUUGCCGACGUGUUUGAAAGAGGGCGAGGAAAGUCGGUGGAAACCAAUCAGGGCUGGAGAGUACAUCCUGGAGAGACUGAAUGCGACGACAGCAUAUGGCGCAGGCUUCCAGCAGAAAAAAGAGUAACAUCUGGAUGACGACAAGGGGUGUGGGUGGUGGCUGGUAAUCUAGGGAGGAGAAGAACGCGACGCGUCGCGAGAUGCCCGGCUAAAUGACAUCAUCUACGCUACUGUCGCGUCUUCCAGGGGCUCUCUCUGCAGCUCGAGACUAACGGCUGCAUCAAUGUUAUGGCAACAUAGCGGCCUUGGAACCUUUAUGAUAUAAUCCCAGAAAUGCCAAUCAUCUAUCUGCAGCAUUAGAGCGCAACGCGGGUUGUGGAUCUUGCUUUGCUAAAGGUCGUCUGAAAGCCGUCCUUGUUGGUCGUCCAAUUCGAGAUGGCCAUACUACGUGAGACGUUUAGACUUUCAUUCAAAUAUAUGUUCGAAACCGCUGUGCAAAC